UCCACCCUUUUCUUGAUCAUUUCCUUUUUAGAUUAUUUAUCAACAAUUAUAUACGCAAUACGAAAGAUCGUACACAUGUAUGCGCAUAUAUGUGUGCGCGCAUAUGUGUGUGUGCUUCCUUGCUUCCACUGGCUUCUUUUUAUUCCCCUCGUUUGUUCGCUUGCGGCAUCGGAAGGAGGAGAGGGCGAGCGAAUGCACAGCUCCGGGAAAUUUUGGUGCAACAAUAACUUCAUAUAGAGUUCUAGACCCAAGUAGCAAUGGAAAGAGAAACGGCUGCCACAUAUGAGCCAAAAAUGAAUAGUGAAAUAAGGGUUUCUGAGAGUUCAGAUGAGAUCUCAACAGAUCUGGCUGAGUACAUCUCACAAGUUUCAGAAAUUUCUGUCAAAGAAAGGGGAUACUUUGCAAUUGCCCUAUCUGGAGGUCCCCUUGUCAGUUUUUUGGGGAAACUUUGUGAAGCACCAUACAACAAAACCCUGGAUUGGUCCAAAUGGUACAUCUUCUGGUCUGAUGAACGCGCGGUAGCAAAGAACCAUGCAGAGAGUAACUAUAAGUUAACAAAAGAAGGAUUCCUCUCCAAGGUACCUAUUCUUAAUGGCCAUGUAUAUUCCAUAAAUGACAAUGCCACGGUGGAGGACGCAGCAACAGACUAUGAAUUCGUUAUCAGGCAGCUGGUCAAGGUUCGCAUAAUUGGAGUCUCAGAGAGCAAUGACUGCCCCAAGUUUGAUCUCAUUCUCCUGGACAUGGGCUCCGAUGGACAUGUGGCCUCACUGUUCCCUAACCACCCUGCCCUCGAGCUGAAAGACGACUGGAUCACCUACAUCACUGACUCUCCACAGCCUCCACCUGAGAGGAUCACCUUCACUCUUCCAGUAAUAAACUCAGCAUCCAACAUAGUAAUUGUGGCCACGGGCGAAGACAAAGCAAAGGCCUUGCAUUUAGCAAUUUCUGACAAUACUGAAGGUCCUGAUGCUCCUGCAGCGCUGCCCGCUAGAAUGGUUCACCCAACAGAUGGGAAGCUGGUGUGGUUUUUGGACAAGGCAGCCGCCUCAUCUCUCGGGGCUACUAACGACGACGCCUCCUAUGAGCAUCACGAAUACUAACUCCAAAGAUCCGAUCCUUUUGCUGUGAAUGAAGGUGUGUAAGUAGGUGGUGGGAUAUGAUGGAAGAUGUGAGCUUCCCCCUUUCGCUCAAUAUACUUGUCUUAGCAUUCAUUUUGUCUGAGGGUUUGGUUUGCGGGAAAUCAAAACUGCCCUUGGUCCUUUUGCAACUAGAGGUGAUUUAGAGCGACGCAGUAUGUGCGCUCGCAAUGUCCAGACCUCAAAGGUGAGAACACCGGAUUUGAACUGUGAUCGUAUGAUAUUAUGUGCUACAUUCUGUCUGGUUGAAGUUAGAUCCUUUAAUUUGUUGGUA